AUGAAAUGUGUCACUUACUUGUCACCACAAACACAAAAUGAGUUACUCGAUGUUAUAGGCAAUCACAUAAUUCUCGGUGACCUUGUCCAAGAGAUAAAGACAGCACAGUUCUAUAGUAUCAUGGCGGAUGAGGUGACAUCUCAUAACACUGAACAGCUGGCUCUGUGCGUCCGCUUCGUGGAUUCAGAUGAAAAUAUUAGGGAGGAGUUCAUACAAUUUUCAAAAGUGAUUCGCACCACGGGUGAAUAUCUGGCCAAUGAGAUCAUUCACAUACUGGAAAACCUUUGUAUACCAUUGAAAGAUAUGCGUGGUCAAGGAUAUGAUGGGGCGAGUAACAUGUCAUCUGGUCGAGUUGGCGUCCAGGCUAAAAUCCGAGAGCAUGCUCCAUUAGCAACAUAUGUGCACUGUAGUGGCCAUUGCUUAAAUCUGGUUAUAAGUCACGCCUGUAACAUACCAGAAGUGCGUAACAUGAUCGACAAACUUAAGAACUGUUGCCUUUUUUUCCGAAAUAGCCCAAAGAGAAAUGAACUUCUUGAGUUGAUUACAGCGAUUAAAGUCGAGAACCAAACAAGGAGAAAAACUUUAAUUGAUCUCUGUCGGACCCGAUGGGCGGAGCGCCAAAAUGCCUACCAACACUUUUACCAGUGCUAUUUCUUUAUUGUUGAUGCCCUACAGGUGAUCGGCUACAAGAUGCAUCUUGAAGAAUACAAUGGUCUACAUGAAGGUUUUGCAGAAUUGUAUUGGGAUUGGAAAACACAGACCCGCAGUGAUGCGCAGCAGUUGCUCACUGGUAUAACAAGUUUUGGCUUUAUUAUAGUUUUCCUCACAGUCUACCAAUAUCUCUCACAUCUUUCUGGACUUACUGUUCAGCUCCAAAGCUCCUCUCUGGAUAUUAUUCAUGCAUAUAAUGCCGUGAACGAUAUUAAAGAUAUCUACAAGAAAGAGCGCCAUGACGUUGACAGUAAUUUCGAAUCUGUAAUUUUCAAACAGGCAGAGAGAAUGGCAGCAAAAGUGGGUGUUGAGCCCAAUAAGCCAAGGGUCAGUGGGAGACAGAUAUACCGUGCCAAUAAUGCUGCAAGUAGUACUGUACUGGAACACUACAAACUGAACUUGGCAAUUCCUUUCUUGGAUCAUGUGUGUGAAAAUUUAAACUCUAAGUUUUCUGGACUGGCUAAAAAACUGCAAUUUCACUGCUAG